UGACAGGAGGCGAAGAAGCUGUAGCAGUAGUAGAAGAAGAAGAAGACACCAUGUCUGCAGCAGCAGCUGAGGGUGGAGUAAAACCGCUACAAAAUGCCAUGAAAAUGGCCAAAAAUGCCAUUCAGCUGGACGGAGAAAGUAGAUCCAAGGAAGCUUAUUGCGAAUAUCUGCGUACCAUCAACUACAUCUCACAUGUUCUCCUGGAGCAGGCUGAGUCACAGAAGGAGAAGGAGGCGACGGGGGUGGAGCUGGAGCGGAUGCUGAGGUUGGGGGAGCAGUGUCUGGAACGAGCCAAGUCCUUCAUACAGAGUGACUCCGCCUCUCAGGAACCCUCCACCCUUUCUCCCUGUUCACCUGCUCCACCUGAGUCCAGUCAGACGACGGCCACUGCAGACACCGCAGUGUGUCCAGCAUCAGUCAGUCUGACCACGACCGGUCGCUGCCCAGUCAUGUCAGAGGGUGGGGGUGAGCAGCCCUCCUCCUUCCUCCCCCCUGAGGUCUUCCAGAAGCUGCAAACACACGAGUCAUGUGACAGGAGCAAAAAAGAGCUGACACCAAUAGAACAAGCCUCACGUUUGAAUCAGAAACUAAAGGCCAAUUAUGAAGCUCGUCUGGCUCGACUGACCCCGGGUCAGGCCAAUCAGAAGACGUCUCUGAAACUUUCUCUGCAGAGGCAGAUGAUGGAGAACCUCAUCAUUGCCAGAGCCCGGCAGGAUGCCCUCCAGAGGAAGAUGGAGGAGAGGAGACUGAGGCUGCAGGAGGAGGCUAACAGGAGAUUCGCAGCGUCUGGAGCGAUGACGGUGGAGGAACAGGAACAGCGGCGGCUCUAUACUAAUGUCCUGGAGUACGAGCAGGACCACGACUGGCCUAAGCUGUGGAAGACCAGUAUGAAGGAGUAUCCUGAUGAUGUCACCUUGGCUCCUCGGCUGGUCUCCUACCUCCUCAGCCGCUCUGACCACCCAGUAGUGAAGCUGCUGAGGAAACAUCAGUACAGUGUGUACAACAGACUCUACCCCAUCAUCAGCAGCGCUGCAGCCCACAGCCCAGCACCGCAGCCCACACCGUCUCACAGUGACCACAGCCUCCUUCAAACAGGUCAGAGCACCGCCGUCUCUUCUUCACCUUCACCUUCCCGCCACAAUCUUCACACCAGCGGUGAGGAUGAGGAGGAAGAGGAAGAGCCUCACACUCAGGCCUUGGUGGAGCGGGAGCACUCGUUUGAAGAUCUGGAGCAGUUCCUGACCAACCUGGACUGGACUCCACCAGAGGGCAGCAGAAUAGAUGACCUUUGUUCAGAUUCAAAUUUGACCUUUGACCCUGCGGUACUGAAGGAGUGCCAGGUUCAGGAGCUCGAGAUGAGAGCGCUGAAGGAACAUCUGAAGGCCGUCGUCAAAGACAUUCACAUCGCCAUCGACCAGCUCCUGUCUCUCGCUCUCCUCUCCUUCGAGUGUCUGAACACAGCAGCCUCUAAAGACCUGUGUCUGGCCUGUAUAGAAGAAGCUUUCUUCACGCCUCUCUGGACCGCCCUGGUGGCUCUUUUCAGGAAGGUGAACGUGGAGAGGGAGCAGGCCUUUCAGAGCAGCAUGACUCUGUACAGGGAGGCUUCACCCCGAGACGUCGGUGUCUCCAUUAAACUGUUCCCUCCAGAACCAGGUACUCUGCAGGGUUCCUACCCCUACGAGUGUGCUGUCCUGGAGCUGAAGCUGCUGCUGAACGACUACUGUCCUCAGAAGAAGCUGGAGUGUCUCAUCAGGACCUUACGGAUGAUCUGCGCCUGUGCUGAAGACUACAGGAGUCUGCACGAUGGAGACGCUAGUCCCACCACUGCUGCAAUUGGUGCAGACGACCUGUUGCCCAUCCUGUCCUUCGUGGCCCUGCGGAGUCAGUGUCCUCAGCUGGUGUCCGAGUGUGCUGCUCUGGAGGAGUUCAUUCAUGAAGGGUAUCUGAUUGGAGAGGAGGGCUACUGUCUGACAUCACUGCAGAGUUCUCUGGCCUACGUUGAGUCACUUCACGCAGCAGGAGCUCAGCUUCCUCCUGACACCCUCCUCUGAAGAAGGUGAGUCUUGGAGCCCACACCAUCUGACGUAUGGACUGGUGAACCAUGAAGACCAGUGACAGUGUUGACAGUGUAGGUGAGAUGGUCCAGGACUGUUGUCAGGGUCUUCACAAUGUCAGGGGUCAGAGGUCAGUGAUUUGUGGUGAACUCACCUCCUCUGGCUCCACAUGCUCACUGACCACAGGAGGCAGCAGUGGACCGGCCACCUGUGUGUGUCCUGGUGAGAGAAAUUAAUGUGGGAGGAGCCUAGGAACCAAGGAAAGCCUCCUUGUGGUUAGGAGGGGUAUGACACUGAAACCUGGGAAGAUGUUUUUCCCCUGCUUCUAAAAAAACUCUGGAAUUUUCAUCGAUUCUAGUUCUUGCAAUUUUUGAAAAUGGUUGGGGAAAAAAGAACUUUUCAUUCAUGGAACAGCAGAAAAGUCUGAUCAUUUAUUAGCCAAUCAGACCCUCGGCUGCUGUCACAUGACAGAAGAACAGUUUUUACACUAGUCGCCAUCUUUUUAUUGGACGAUUGUUUUCAUCAGCCUUUUAUUAGAAGCACUUGGAUGGUGACGUGUUCAUGAUCUUUUUUUUUAAGAUGAGUCACUGGGGGGCGCUGAGGGGACCAACGUGUGAUGAUGGUGUGUUUAUCGUUUGUUCAUAACUUCUGCACUUUUGUUUGUUUUGAGCCAUCUUUUAACCUUGGGUGUGUUUGUAUCAGAUGAGGUAGUGGUGGCGCUGUGCUCAAGUUUAGAACAAACAUGAAAACAUGGCUUUCCUUUUUUUCAGAACAUCAUUUUUAGAGCUCUUUCUCAAACAAAUAAAGUGAGGACUUUCUUAAAAGAUUAAAAAAAACUACUGAAGAGAUGAGACAUUUUACUCCAUUAAAAACAACAAAGACUUUUUUGUUUAUGUUGAUUUUCCUGCUGCAUGUGAAGGCAUCGGAACUGUCAGAAAAAAUGUUAUCUGUUAAAAUGGACUGAAAAUAUUCAUUAAAGGGACAAUUGUGUUUUUUA